AUUGACAUAUUCUACAUAGUACAUACCUAUUAACUACCUACAUGGUACUACGUUCAUGUGCAAUGUGCACAUGCAUCCAUUCAUGAUACAUCUAUUAACAGUUCAAACAUAAAUUCACACUCUCUAUUAAUAUCAAUACCACCAAUAGUUGACCUUCUCUUCCUCCAAAGAAGUCUUGCGCAUAUUUUGCCAAUGUACCCUCGACUUAGAUUCAAUCAACACUCGUAGAAAAAAACGAUGGCAGAUCCACAAACUGCCCCCGGCCUCUCUUUUCCGACUGACCCCCAAGAAUUCGAGCAGGAUGAACGCAUCUCCUUCUCCAAGCUCGACAACAAGUACAUUGCCGUGCAGGACGAUGGUAGCGAAUUUGAGUGGGAUUCACAAUUGAAGAGAUGGAUACCCGUGCUAGACGAGGAGCUGCUUGCUCAGCAGCAAUCAGCCUACGGCGGUGGUGCAACCCCGGAAGACGAUAGCAAUCCCCCCAACAAGAAGCGCAAGAAGGAUCAGGCUGCGAACGGUCCUAGGGAUCAAGGUCGAAGACAGAAGAAGCAGAAGCAACCACCCCAACCCCGCCAGAAUACUGCCGUGUACGUCACCGGCCUGCCGCUUGAUGUGACUGUGGAUGAGGUGCAAGAAGUGUUCUCGCGCAAGUGCGGCGUCAUUGCCGAGGAGAUCGACAGCGGCCGCCCUCGCAUUAAGUUGUACACCGAUGAGAAGGGCAGUUUCAAGGGCGACGCCCUGAUUGUCUUCUUCAAGCCCCAGAGUGUCGAGAUGGCCAUCAUGCUACUUGACGAUACCGACUUCCGCUUUUCAGCCUCAGGGCUCGCGAGUGGCCGUAUGCGCGUCCAAGCCGCCGACUCUAGCUAUAAAAAGACACACUACGAGCGAGAAGGUGAGGGUGAAAAGGGAAGUAAUGGAAAUAGUAGCGGAGCACCUGGUGGUGCAGAAGAUGGCAACAGCGAGAAGAGUAACGCUAUCACCGGCGCUGGCAAACCGCGGGACAAGACCCGCGAGCAGGACAAACAAAAGAUCAUCCGACGGACACAGAAGCUCGACGCCAAGCUCGCGGACUGGGACGACGACGACGCCGGCAACCCGUACGGCGCGCAGCUCGAAACGAACGCGCGGCGCGACCGCCUCGUCAUCCUGCGUCACAUGUUCACGCUCAAGGAGCUCGACGAGGACCCGGCGGCCAUGCUCGAGAUCAAGGAGGACAUCCGCGAGGAGUGCUCGAAGCUCGGGCCUGUUACCAACGUCGUUCUGUACGACCUCGAGGACGAAGGCAUCGCCAGCGUCAAGUUCAAGACCCCUGAGGCUGCCGAGGCGUGCGUCGAGCUCAUGGACGGCCGCGCCUUCGAUGGCCGCACCGUCCGUGCUACCAUUGCGACGGGCAAGGAGCGGUAUAGGAAGUCGGGGAAGAAGCAGGGCGAGGAAGCCGAUGCGGAGGACAGUACUUGAGACGGGGCGGCAAUGAAAAAAAGGGGUGGAUACCCCUUCAUGAAUAAUAAUAAGUAUAAUUAAACGGAUAAACAAAUCAGCCAUACAACCACGAGUCCCCUCCAUACCUACCUAGGUAGCUUAGCUCUCUCGUGGAUUAUACACAGCGGGAAAAAUAGUCAGCCUGGCUUUGCUCGGUUGCUCGGUUGGUUGUUGUACUGCGGAGAAAAGGGGGUUUACGAUGUGUAUGGGUAUCAUUAUUACCUACCUACCUACCUACUUGUGGAAGACAACAUUGAGGAUGUCGGCUAAAAGAGAAAGGCCUCGUAUCAUGAAUAUCUUGAUAUCUACUAGAUUAGAUACCUACCUAGUUUCCACAGCUCCGCUGAAGGAUCCCUGAAAUAAAUCAAGGAUUAAACGUACUCACCUAGCUCUUGAAUGGAUCCAAGGUUGGGGGUGGUAGCAUCUAUAGUAGGUAUCGAACACAAUAACUCCUAUCCAUGGAUAUCCUACAGUACCUACCACCUAACUACCUAGUACCUGAGAUGCCUAGGUUAGGUGAGUUGGUUUAUGUAGGCAGGUGGAGAUGGCAGUCAGCUGAGGAAGCUCGUUAUUAGUGCGGUGCUGAUUCAUACAUACAUACAUACAUACAUACAUACAUACAUACAU